CGGAAAAGGCAAGUGUAUCUCUUAAAAAAAUACAGAGGGAGUAUAAAAAGUUGACUUAUUUAAAAUUAAAAUACAUAGAAACAAACCCAAUUAUAUUUUACAUAAUAAUAUUUUUUUUUAAUUAAUUAGUAGAAAAUUAUGGUCAAAGUAAGAUAAACAAAUAGCGUCGGAAGUUAAAAUGGUGCAACUAGUUAAAAUCGGAGGUAAUAUCAUAUACUUCAUAUUAUAUUAUUUUGAAUAAUGAACGCAAAUUAAAAUUCGGGUCCAACAUUAUCAAGAUGGAUAUAACACAAUAACAUUUUAAAGCUUAGCUAGCCUCUAACUUUUUUAAGUAGCUCUCAUUUAGCUAAGUGUCAUUUUCAUUAUCUACCUAGGGCCCUUUUGGGUGGUGAUUGUUAAAAAAUGAUAAAUUUUGUGAUAAAUUCAAUAAAUCGAUAUGCGGUACGUGGAUGUAUGAGAGUGGUCUAACACUUAUUAUUUAAAUCAAUCUUACACCCCAAAGAAAAUAAUAGAAAUUAAUUUAAAAUAGAGGUGUUUUAAUUUUAUAGAGGGUUUUUUCCUAGCGUAAAUGUCUACUAUUAACGGCUGCCUCACCUCUAUCUCUCCUUCCCGUACUCAAUUGAAAAAUACCUCCACUUUAAGGCCAACUUUCAUUGCUAACAGCAGGGUUAACCCUUCUUCUUCUGUUCCUCCUUCCCUUAUUAGAAACCAGCCCGUUUUCGCCGCCCCCGCCCCUAUCAUCACCCCUACUUUGAAAGAAGAUAUGGCAUACGAAGAAGCCAUCGCUGCCCUUAAGAAGCUUCUAAGCGAGAAGGGAGAACUUGAAAAUGAAGCCGCAUCAAAGGUGGCACAGAUAACAUCUGAGUUAGCCGACGGUGGCACACCAUCCGCCAGUUACCCGGUUCAGAGAAUUAAGGAAGGGUUUAUCAAAUUCAAGAAGGAGAAAUACGAGAAAAAUCCAGCAUUGUAUGGUGAGCUUUCUAAGGGCCAAGCUCCCAAGUUUAUGGUGUUUGCGUGCUCAGACUCCCGUGUGUGUCCCUCGCACGUACUAGAUUUCCAGCCCGGUGAGGCUUUCAUGGUUCGCAACAUCGCCAACAUGGUGCCAGUGUUUGACAAGGACAAAUACGCUGGAGUCGGAGCAGCCAUUGAAUACGCAGUGUUGCACCUUAAGGUGGAGAACAUUGUCGUGAUUGGACACAGUGCUUGUGGUGGAAUCAAGGGGCUUAUGUCUUUCCCAGAUGCAGGACCAACCACAACUGAUUUUAUUGAGGAUUGGGUCAAAAUCUGCUUGCCUGCCAAGCACAAGGUGUUAGCCGAGCAUGGUAAUGCAACUUUCGCUGAACAAUGCACCCAUUGUGAAAAGGAAGCUGUGAAUGUAUCUCUCGGAAACUUGUUGACUUACCCAUUUGUAAGAGAUGGUUUGGUGAAGAAGACUCUAGCUUUGCAGGGUGGUUACUACGAUUUUGUCAAUGGAUCAUUCGAGCUAUGGGGACUCGAAUACGGCCUCUCUCCUUCCCAAUCUGUAAAAGAUGUCGCGACAAUACUCCAUUGGAAGCUCUUUUAAGUUACAUGCAUAGAGAUGGAUUUGAAGCAAAGAUGGGCAAUGGUUAUAUCUUAUCUACCAUGUUGGCCUUUCAUUCCGAUUCUCGUUUUCAAUGCAGCGGUUCUAAAUAACUCGGGACUUUCAGUCUUCCAUGUAUAUGCUGCUCCUUCCGUUCCAAAAUAAUGAUGAAAUUUCAAAACUUUACCCGUCCAAAUAUAUACUCUCUUGGGUUUUUUUCUA